AUGUCGCAGCAGCUUUCCAGCAGUGCAUCUUCCCAAUACGACAAUUUGAAACCCCAAUCGCAAGUAUCCCGACCACAUACCACCCCAGAGUAUGUUCAGCAGCUCGAUGGUCGUGAGAUUGUGCCACUCUAUCCUCAACGGACCCGACCUUUUGCUGAACUCCCAGCCGAACCAGUCUUGAGGCCGAUUCAUCAGUCUACUAUCCUAGGACGAAAUUCUGAGCAUCUUACGAAGGCACCUACGAGCCCCGCUGACGUCAUCGUCGGGCCGCUACGAUCUCAGACCUUUUCAGUCACUCCCGCAAACCUAGUACAUCCUCUGCCGCCAGAGAUCGACCUUAGUUCGUCUACUUCUGUUACCAUGUCUGGGGAAUCCGUGCCGCCUACAGAAACCACAGCGCAAUCAGCACCGAAAUCGAUACCCCGCUAUUUCAAAAAUGAUGCGCCGCUGGCACGCCGAGAUCCUCACAAGCAACUACUGGCGUCUCUAGACCGACUCAUUACAGAACAUCCUCCGCAUCACGUUCCACCAGGCGGUGGCCUCUAUUAUGGACCGAUCUCUGUGGCGUUCCUCUUCUACGCUCUCCAUAACAUAUACCCAGAUCUGACCUUGGACGACUAUCCACUGAACACAUGGUCUGCGGCGUAUAUCGAACAGGCACAAGCCCAUAUCAAAGAGUUCCCAGCCCCUUCUCCAAGCAAAUGUGGUAUCUCCAACGACAUCAUGUCUCUGCUUGCCCUGUACGCCGUCACAGCAAGGGAUCCGGAUACAGUGAAGGAGCUUUGCGACCACGCUGCUGUCAUGCUCGAGCCCGACACUUCAAAUGAGUGGCUGCACGGACGUGCGGGCUAUUUAUACCUCCUUCGAUUGGUUCGCGGAGCCUUUACCAACAAUAAGGAGAUUAUAGAGCUCAUUGAGGACACGGCGGAUGAGUUGAUCGAAAACAUUGUGGCUAGCCCUCGCCCUUGGAAAUGGCGUGGUAAGGCCUAUGUGGGCGCCGUCCAUGGUGCAGUCGGUAUCAUCACACAAAUCGUACUUACCGAUCCAUUAUGGGCACCGAAGCUGGAAGCUGAGUUGGGUGCGCUUCUAAGCUAUCAAUACGAGAGCGGAAAUUUUCCGUCGUCACUCCCGCCGGGCCGCGACAGGCUUGUACAAUUCUGUCACGGGGCACCAGGUGUGGUCGCUUCUCUACUUUCAAUUCGAAAAUAUUUCCCGGGGCUUCACGAUCGCAUAGACAGGGUGAUUGCAAAGGCUAGAGAGAGUAUAUGGGAAAGGGGUCUUUUGACCAAAGAGCCCUGCUUGUGUCAUGGCAUUGCCGGAAACGCUCUUGCGUUGGAUGGGAAGCAGUUUGAGCACUUCAUGACCUACACGACGGGCCAUGAGAUCAAAUUGAUGGGAAAAGAUGGCAUGCUCGAAAAGUCAGAUGACCCGUCAGCAUUGUGGUGUGGCGAAGCUGGACGUGCCUGGGCUUGGGCCGUCGCCGAUAAGCAAUUGGAGAAGAGAUUCCUCGGGUACAAUGAUAUUUGA